AUGCCGAAUAUCGUGCUCGAUAAGGAUUCCUUCUACCGACGAAUAAAACGCCUUUACGCCAACUGGAAGGAACAAGAUGAUUCGCUGCAAAAGGUGGAUUGCAUUCUGACGGCGGGCGGCGUAGACGAGGAAACCAUCUACAGCAAAUCCACCUCGCUGCAGACCUGGCUGCUGUGCGAAAAGUCCAUCUUUUUCCUGACCAGCAAAAAGAUCGACUUCUUGAAGCAGAUCGAGAAGGACGGUGAAGAAGGCAUUCCAUCGGUGAAGCUGUUGGUUCGUGAUAAGAACGACAAAGACAAGGCCAAUUUUGAAAAGCUGCUGAAGGCGAUUAAGGGAUCCAAGGAUGGCAAAACUUUGAACGUCUUCUUCAAGGACAACUUCCCGGAUGAGUUCUGUGAAUCGUGCUUGAAGUUCAGAGCAUUCAGCGACAAGAACUAUCUGCACUGCGGAUCGAUCAUCUGUGCUGUAGGUGCGCGUUACAAGCCCUACUGCUCCAAUGUCGUCCGAACAGUCAAUCCAACGGAAACGAUUCAGCAGCACUACACCUUUCUGCUCAAUCUGGAAGAGGAACUGCUGAAGAUGGUGAUUCCGGGCAAGAAGCUCUCGGAGGUUUUCGACGUCGGAAUUGAUUAUGUCAAGAUGGAGGAUCCCAAGCUAAGACGUUAUUUGCCCAGCAAAAACAACAACACCAAUGGCAAUCAUAGCGAUGGGAACUCGCCUUCCGACAACCCCUACCUGGUGGGGGUGCAGUCAAGAUUCCGCCGACGCUACUAUCACAAAUGUAUUUUUAUCGCGCUGAUCGUCAUCAUCGUCAUCCUGCUGAUCGGAAUCAUAGUGAUUGCCUGUCUGCUCCACUUCCCGCCGGACGUAUGCCACAGUUCGGAGUGCCUCCGCGCAGCCGCCACGCUCCAGCAGAGCAUGGACCUGCGGGUCAAUCCGUGUGAAGACUUCUAUGCCUACACCUGCGGUAAGUGGGCCGACGACCAUCCACGGCCGGAGAGCUACACCAGCUACGAUUGGUUCAGCGAACGGCAGGCUCGAAUCCUCCGGAACAUCCGCCAGUACCUGCAGCGAAACGACAGCUUCGAUGAUCCGAAACCGGUGAUGCAGGCCCGGGCCAUGUACCGUGGAUGUAUGAAUUUGACGGCCAUGGAUGCGUUCGGGUAUGACCCACUGUUCAAGCUACUCGAAUCGUACUUCCUACCCAGCUAUCCAACCAUGCUGAACCUGACGGAGGUGGACUACGAAAGCUACGACUUUGAUUGGAUUCGAUCGCUGGCGAAGGUCAAACAACUGCUCGGCAUGGACAUCAUGAUUGGGUUUGACGUGUUUCCAGAUCCGAAGGAUCGGAACUACAACCGGUUGGUACUGGGAACUCCCGAAGCCGGCUCGGACCUUCCCUUCAACGACAACAUCCUGAAGCACAUGGCCAAAGCAAAGCACAAGGUCAUAGUCAGUGAAGAUGAGGAAGACUACGUAGACGACUCACCGGAGGAUACCAAGUACAUGAAGGCCUAUAAAAACUUCAUGAUCGGAGCCAUCAAAAUUCUUGUCAACAACACGGAUCCGAAGAUCGAAAGCGAACCUUUUGCGGACAACUUCCAGAAGGCAGCCGACGUUUACAUCCAGAUGUCCAGGGCUCUCCUGAAAAUGGAGAAACAAGCGGAGAAUGCUUCCAAAUCAAACAACACGGAGGAUCGUCUCAACCUGCAGGAUACUCUGUUCGUCACCGUCCACGAACUGCAGAACGCGACCGAUCAGCAUCUCUUGCCGAAGGACCCCUUUCCCGUUUGGGAACGGUUCCUGAAUGAAGUCUUCGACGGCAUACCGGAAGCGCAGCUUGAUUUGAACCAGGAUCAGAUCCUAACUAGCAACGCAGAUAUCCUGUACCUUCGCUUGUUGGCAGACUACCUCUCGCAGACUCCUCUCGUGCACAUUGAACUGUUCAUCUGGUGGACGGUGGUGGAAGACUUGAUCCUACAUACGACCGCCGAAAUACGUAAACUGCACUACGAAUGCUACAAGACGAUGAUCGUGACGGAGGGGUUCACUCCUCGAUCGCUGUACUGCACCGGAGCGGUCAACAAGCUGAUGGGUAUGGCGGUCAGCUACGCCAUUACGAAUCGAGAUUUUCUGCAGGAGACGAAACCGAAGGUGGAUCAAAUGCUGCGAUACAUCCGCAGGGCGUUCGAUAGUCUGGUUAGGGAUACGACCUGGAUGGACUGGAAGACCAAAAGUUCAACGCUGGAGAAGUCGAAAGCGAUGCGUAGUCUGAUCGGAUUCCCCGAGUGGAUAUUGGACGAGCACAAACUGGAAGAGCUCUACGAUACGAUCGAUUUGAGCGAUACGCAGCACCUGGAAAACAUGGUUCAGUUGAUCGAGAUGCAAAACGUCAAAUAUCUGCGCCGAUGGCGGAUGAAGAACGUCCUGAGCUGGGACACCUACCCGACCAACGUCAACGCUUUCCACGCCUUUCAGGAUAAUGCGAUCACGAUUCCGAUUGCCAUCCUGCAGUAUCCGUUCUACCACCUGGGUCUAGAGGCGCUGAACUACGGAGCAAUUGGGACGGUACUGGGUCACGAGCUGACGCAUGGAUUCGAUGAUAGCGGUCGUCAGUUCGACAAGGAAGGCAACCUGAAACAGUGGUGGACAAACGGGACGAUUCGGGAGUACGUGAACCGGACGGUGUGCUUCGUUCAGCAGUACAACGGUUACUACAUUCCGGAAGCCGACGACUACAUUGACGGACUGCAAACUCUCGGAGAGAACAUCGCGGACAACGGUGGCGUUCGGGAAGCAUUCGAGGCGUACAAGAUCUACAAGAAGCACAACGGGAAAGAGCCGCUCCUGCCAGGAUUCGAAAACUACACCCACGAACAGCUGUUCUUCAUCUCCUAUGGGAACCUAUGGUGCGAAUCACACACGGCAUCCGCCGCCAAGGCCGCCUUGGAUGACACCCACUGUCCCGGUUGGAUCCGCCUCAAAGGGGUGCUGAGCAAUUCUCCUGAAUUCAGUCAAACGUUUGGCUGCCAGCGGGGCAGCGGGAUGAAUCCCACCGCCGACAAGUGUCGAAUUUGGUGA